GAUGAUUGUGUGGCAAGCGGGUUGGAGAGAGGGGUAGAGUAAAAAAAGGAGGGAGGGAUUUAUAAGUCAUAUUCUCCAUUUACAUUUCUUGAACAUGAGGGCCAUCACUGUUUUUCACUUAGUCUGGAUGAGAUGAAGAGGCUGAAGGAGAAACCGUUAAAGGCCAUUUGAUGUUAAUGUGGAGACAAUUAAAAAAACCCUGAGGAUUAAGUGGAGGAUCAGACUUGAUGCUUCUCUUACUGGAGUGAAGUAACGUCACGGAGGAACCUGACGUCUGCAGGAGACGAGGAACAUGAUGUUGAUUUUUGCCACAGUUUUCCUCUUGGUACCUGCAGCGUGGAGCCAUGAGCCAGGAACUAAUCAAAGCACCAUUGGGACCUCCAUUACUUAUGUUAUCAGAAAUCUAACGUUCAACUCAGGCAGUAAUGUGAACUUGAACUGCAGCAACAGGACGUGGGCACAGACGAUCUAUGUGAUUUGGGACAUGAUGCUGACCAACAAAAUAUGUAAGGUCUCCUUCAGCAACGAAGGGAGGGGCGAAGACACCUGCAAAGAUGGCAAGUCUCUCAGGAACACGUCCAGGGCUCAGUCGUACCUGCACAUCCCUAACUUCUCCGCCACUGACGUGGGGGUCUACAAGUGUAACUUUGUUUACAACGGGGGAAAGGAGGACUAUGAGAUCAACGUGGCCAUCACAGUUCCUCCCACAUUGUCAGCCUGGAUAGAGCACGGGGACAAGAUGGUGGCAGUGUGCAAAGCUGAAAGAGGAAAACCCGCCGCCAACAUCAGCUGGAGUCACAGCAGAGACUCGCUGUCUGUGGAGACUCUUGAGUCAGAUGGAUUGAUUACAGUGGAAAGUCGUCUGGAGCUCGACAAGGGCACGGACACAGAGAACCUGACCUGUGCUUUCAGCCACCCAUCCUGGGAAAAGGAGAAGACUCUGGUGGCAAAGCUCAGUAAAGAUUUUCCUUGGUGGCUCAUUCUUACUGGUGUGGUAGUCAGUGUGCUUUUAGUGGGAUUUGCCAUUUUUGCACAAAAGAAAAUCCUAAUGUUGAGGCGAUGCCACCAGUGUGACUCAUCACCAUCCAAAUCUCCAACGAUAGAGGAAGUGGAGGAGGUGGAGCCUUAUGCCAGCUAUGUUCAACGUGUGAACUCUAUCUAUAACUGAGCUGCACAUUUGUUCACAUCCUGCACAUGCAUCAUACACUUCAAUGCACGUGGCUCUUUUUGAGGGACUGACGGAUGAGAAAACGAGAGGUGGUGGAGAAGGUUAUGGAAGGAGGAUUUAGUCUUUCGAGGAGAGAGCAGAGCCUCUCAGCUCCGUUCUGACUAACACUCGACUGAUGGAACAGGGGAUGCACCUCAUGUCUUUCCCACUACUCUGUGUGUGGGCCUCAUGGAAAAUAUUAUUAAUAACUUUUAACUUAACUCUUCAGUCGGAUGUGACAGACUACAGAACUACACACUCUUGAUGUUGCUGAUGAAAUACAGGAGCUGUAAUUAGAUGUUAAUUUAGAUAAUAGAUAAUUAGAUAAUAAUCUGUAGAUUAACAGAGACAGAGAUUUUUAAGUAGAGGACACUCAUGUAGCUCAGUGAAACAACUAUAUCAAGAUAGUGUGGGAAGUAUUCAUCUGUCAAUGUAUAAUAUAUUAUAAUACUUACACACACAUUGAUGUAAUUUCAGCUGCGCUCAGCAGAAGUAAUAUAACUACUAAACUAUUCAGAACAAGUUAACAAGUACAAGUUGUGCUUGUUUUGUCAGAAUACAUUUUUACUUUACAGUGGUGGUGCAGUGUGAAAAGCAGUCCACACCUUUCACAGUGGCUAUUUUGAGAUAGUAGCCUAAGUCAUUGAUUUGAGUUGGUAAGUCAUUAUUUUGAGAAGGUUUCUCAUUAUUUUGACUUACAAGAUGAAAUAUGCUUCCAUAUCCUCGUGUCAUUUUUGCAUGUCCUGAGGGCCUGAGGGGGAAAUCAGAAAAGGGAACUCUUCUGCCACCUACUGUGGAGAUCAGAACAUGAACACAACACAGUCAUGUUCUCACACUGUAUCACAGUCCAUAUUAGGAUGGUCUAAAUAACAUUACAUUACAUUAUAUAAAUAAUGCUAAUAAUAAACGCUUACAUUUUCAACUGUUUAUUGGUCAGGUCUGCAGAUGUGCAGGUUUCAAGCAAUAGCCUUGUCAGUAUGUUGAGUGAACCUGCUCUGAACCGGCUCUGAUCCCUCCUCCUGUUCAUAAUGGGAAGAUACUUUCUUAAAGGUUCAGCGUGUACGAUUUAGGUGAAAGGGAUCUAUUGGUAGAAUAAUCCUAGUGAUGUUUUCACUAGUGUGUUUCAUCUAAAUUCUAAAUUGUUGUUGUCUUUACCCUAGAAUUGGC